CUUGGAGCUCCUAGUGUGCUGGGAGUCAUGCGAGUGGACCUCGGGAAAAUCGCGUGCACGUGAUACGUCGCCAGUCUGGACAGAACAGUCCUUCCAGGGAAGGACCCUCCGGCGGUGCGCCUCGAUGGAACUGCACAUCGCUCUGUUCGUUCAUAUCGUGGGGUUUUGCUUGGGUCUGAAGGAAGUGCGCGUCCAGAUUCCAACCGCCGUGAAGAAGGGCGACUCGGCCAUCCUAAACUGUUGGUAUGACACCGAAGGAGACCCUCUGUACACCGUCAAGUGGUACAAGGGUGGACGCGAGUUCUACAGAUACGCGCCGAAGGAGGACCCGGUCGUCAAGACGUUUCCGAUCGGCAGUCUGAGGGUGAACAAAUCUGAGAGCAACGCCACCCAAGUUGCUCUUACGGAUCUGGAAUUGCAGUCGGCUGGUACUUAUAGUUGCGAGGUAUCUGCCGAUGCACCUUCCUUUCACACAUUUAUCGUAGACGCAACUAUGAGCGUCGCUGAGCUGCCAACACAAGGACCGUCGAUAGACGGACUUAAGACGAAGUACAGACUCGGUGAGGGAUUGCGCGGCAAUUGCACUGCUGGACGCAGUACACCUGCUGCAAACCUCACGUGGUUCGUCAAUGACAGACAGCCGCUACCCUCGCACGUGCGCGUUUACAACCCGGUGGAUACGAACGAUUCGGAGGGGCAAACUUCGCAGAUCGGUCUCCAGUUUCUCGUAACGUCGGACCACUUUACGAGCGGCAAGCUCAAGGUGCGUUGCAGCGCUUCCAUAUACGACAUAUACUGGCAAAGCACCGAGGUCAGCGCCGAGGAGGACCGCCAAAAAACGAGCCACUUCGAGCCGUCUGCCACCAUUGUUGGCAUCAAUUAUCUCCAGCCACCGCCUAAUUUCCAGACCGGCCAGAAGAAGCCCGACGGCCAGGUGGACGUCAAAGUGCUCGGAUCUACCGCGGUGGGUCCGCGAGCGUCGCUACGAUUCGUUUUGGAAUUGAUUGCGUUUCUCCGACUUGCCACUCGUUAA